GCUCGUUUCAUCAACUUCUUUGCUAUUGGUCCGUAGUGCUAGCAAUCACGUCCCUCCUUCCUCAAGAAGCAGAGUGAUUUUUUUUUUUUUUUCACAACGAAAGCGGGGAUGUUUCGGAGGCAAGCGGCGGUACUGUGAACUGAUUGCCAAACCACCACGGACGUGAGAAAAUAAUUAAGUUCAUUUUAGACCUUUAUUGAAUGUCCCCAUGCCGCUAUUAAGCUGUAUAGACUUUAACAUUGUGAAUGAAUCGACCUCGUUGUCGUUCAGGACCGUACGUUGAGAAAAACCGAGUGGAGAAAAAAAGAAACGACAAUUUCGGAGGCUGCCUGGUCUGGACCCGGAGGACGAAGCUGACAUCGCCAACAAAUAGCCUAGCUAGGACACGGAACCGAGGAUAAUCUGUCCGAGGAUAACCUUGUCAAUCUCCUGGCGUCGAGUAGAAGAUAAGUUAGCUGGCUCGGUGCGAAGAUAGCACCUGACUACGGUGAAUACUGUCAGUUAAAAAUAGCAGGAAAACAAAACAAGCGUCCAACCGCCGUCCGUCCAGUGUUUUGAGGAUGAACCACUUAUCCCUCAGCGAGCUAUGUUGCCUGUUCUGCUGUCCGCCGUGCCCGAGCAAGAUCGCCUCUAAGUUGGCCUUCCUGCCGCCCGAGCCCACCUACAGCCUCAUCUCAGACGACAGCGGCAGCCGCUGGACGCUGCACCUCUCUGAACGCGCCGAUUGGCAGUACUCGUCCCGCGAAAAGGACGCCAUCGAGUGUUUCAUGACCCGCACCACGAGAGGGAACCGCAUUGCCUGCAUGUUUGUCCGCUGCUCGCCCAGCGCCCGGUACACGCUACUGUUCUCCCACGGCAACGCCGUGGACUUGGGCCAGAUGAGCAGCUUCUACAUCGGCCUGGGGUCGCGCAUCAACUGCAACGUCUUCUCCUACGACUACUCGGGCUACGGCGCCAGUUCUGGGAAACCCUCGGAGAAGAACCUGUACGCUGACGUAGACGCCGCCUGGCAGGCGCUCCGGUCACGGUACGGCAUCCGGCCAGAGAACGUGAUCGUGUACGGCCAGAGCAUCGGCACCGUGCCGUCUGUGGACCUGGCGUCGCGCUACGAGAGCGCCGCGGUCAUCCUCCACUCCCCGCUCACCUCUGGCAUGAGGGUGGCCUUCCCCGAAACCAAGAAGACCUACUGCUUCGACGCCUUCCCAAACAUUGACAAGAUUUCCAAGGUAACGUCGCCAGUGCUGGUGAUCCACGGCACAGAGGACGAGGUCAUCGACUUCUCCCACGGCCUGGCGCUGUAUGAGCGCUGCCAGCGCCCCGUGGAGCCGCUCUGGGUGGAGGGCGCGGGACACAACGACGUGGAGCUCUACGGACAGUACCUGGAGAGACUCAAACAGUUCGUCGCACACGAGCUCGUCAACCUGUAGAAGAGCUGGGGGAGGAGGAGGGGGGGGGGGGGGGGAAGAGGAGACAGGUUUUAAGGAGAGUUUGGAAGAUGAAGGGGUGAAACGUUUCCUUUUUUUUGUGAUGCAGGUAGAAGUGGUGUUUGUCUGUGUAGUGCUGAAGUUUCGGUGGUAGUCUUCUCUCUCCCCCUGGAGCUCCAGUCUCAGAGUCAGUACCGUCCGAUCCACACGCUGCAGCUGUGAACUUACCCAUCAUUUUGUUUUGCUUUUUAGAGUUUUUCUUUUUAUUACGUUAAAUUGCACAUCAUGAAAGAGGACGUAGACGUGUGCACAGACGACAUACCGUGUGUACGUGCCGUGUGUGUGUGUGUGUGUGUGUGUGUGUGUGUGUGUGUGUGUGUGUGUGUGUGUGUGUGUGUGUGUGUGUGUGUGUGUGUGUGCGUGCGCGCGAGUGUGCGUUUCACAUGUUUGCUGCCUUUUUGAGAAGGACGCGGUCCACUGUUCUUCGUGGAGGGUUUCUUGAGGCUUUUUCAGGUUCGGAGAAACCGCCUUGCUGCAAACUGGACUGGACCAGAAGUGGAACAGACUCUCUUUAAAUCCAGCUGAACUCUGUCUGAGUUCAAGUUCGGUCCUACACUCUGCAGUCACCAUGAUUUUUUUUUUUUUUUUUUUUUUUUUUGGAUUACUCUUUAUAUUUGUUUUUAUAUUAUACAUGAUAUUUGCACGUAUCAGCUGCCACUGAAGACGAGACAAACUGACAUUAUCUAGCUGUGCCAGUGUUGCCAAAUGUUUAGUUUAUAUAUACAUAUACGUAUAGCAGAGAGCUGGACACAC